AUGGAGGAAGGAUCCUCUGGUGUCUUUCCCAAGCUUUCUCGUGUGACAAAGAGGGUUCGAGCUGCUGCGGAUUGCGAUUCUGAGUACGAUGUGGAGUCGGGUUCCAAUCCCAUUUCGAUGCAGGGGUUGAUGCAAGCAACUAAGAUGGAUAUGAUGCCAGAGUCUAAGCAUAUUUCUAGGCCGACGGCUGAUCUGGUGAAUGAAUCUAAUGGUAAUAUGAUGCCUAAUUUCUUACCUGGUAUUCAUAGCUUUCGUGAUAAAUUGAUGAAUAAAGUUAAUAUGACCAAAAAUGUGGGGAUUGCUAUUAACUGCUUGGAUACUGAUUAUGAGGGUUUGAAUGAUGAGGAUGAUGUGUUCAUUUCUCGUGCUCAGAAAUGGAGUUUGGUGGGAGGGUGGAAGCUUAUUGACUUGGUGAAUGAUUAUUUUGUUGUGAGAUUUGAUUUGGAAGAGGACUUAAAUUUUGUGUUGACUGGAGGGCCUUGGAUGAUUGCGGGGCAAUACUUAACCAUACAACAAUGGCGGCCUGGUUUCUGCCCUUCUACUGCACACAUCACAAGAAUGGCUGCUUGGAUUCGAGUAUCUGCCAUGCAGCUUGAAUGUUUUGAUGUUUGGUCUCUUAAGAGGAUUGGCAACCUUCUUGGUAAAUUGUUGAAAAUUGAUUCGUUGACUACUUCGCAAAAUAGGGGUAAGUUUGCUCGUUUAUGUGUGGAGUUGGAUCUAACUAAACCCCUUGAUGCCUUUGUGCAAAUAAAUCAGAACUGGUACAAUAUUGAGUAUGAGGGAUUACCUGAUAUUUGCUAUCUAUGUGGGUGUUAUGGUCAUAAAAGGGAGAGUUGUACUCUGAAAUUUGUGAAUUUGUCCGAUGAGGCUGGGAAAGCUCAAGGUGCAGGAGUGGGACCUAUGAAUCAUGACUCUGUUGGGGUUACAAAAACUGUGAAGAUGGUUGAGGAUAGCUUGCGAGGCCCUUGGAUGAAUGUGCAAUCUAGAAGGCGACCAAAAACUAUUCAUAAGGAUGUUCCUGGGCAGGGUUCUGGUGGAAGGAACAAAGGGUCUCGUUUUGAUGCUCUUAAUGAGAUUGGUGAAGAUUUUGACAUAAGUGGGCCCGAUAAUGUUAACCAAGUUCCGACGAGGGGUGUCCCUAUUUUUAAAUCUGUGGAGGAAGUUGGUCAGAAAGUUUGGACUAAGUCUAAACAUGCUAAAUCGGGUUCUAGGCCUGUUCUGAAUGAUAUCUCCAAUAAGAAUGUGCAGAAAGUCUUUAAUAGUAAGGUAAUGGAUAAGAGUUCGGGCUCUUCUGAUAAGUUUACAAUGGGGGCUUCUCGACAUUCUCGUAAUCAGGUUGUUGGUGGUAGGAAGCCUUCUACUCUUAGUGCUGUCACUGAGCAUUUGGAGAGUUGGGGUGAUGGUCAACAUAUUCAUCAAGAGAAAGGGGUUUAUAUUUUUGGGCAUCAACCUCCAAAUAUAACAACACAUUCGGAAUUUCAUGAUGAGGAUACUAAUAUUCAUGAGGAUGCUACGGAGUAUGAUGAUGAUAAUGUUCUUGUGCCUAGAGGGAUUGAUUUGCUGGGGCAAGUUGCGAAGAUGGAUUUGGUUGAGGGCCAAACUAGCACUUCUGGUGGAAAUUUGACUAGUACUACCUUCAACACGGUUGAAGGUGCUGCGUGCACUAAGUUUAAGACUACUGUGAUGAAUUUGAGUCGUACUCAUCAUAUGGAUAUUCUAUUCAUUUGUGAGCCUAGAAUCAGUGGUGGGAAGGCUAUUGAUGUGGUUAAAUCUUUGGGGUUUUCCAAUUAUGAAAUUGUGGAUGCUAAUGGUUUUUCUGGUGGCUUGUGGUUAUUAUGGAAUGCUAGUAAAGUCACAGUUGAUAUUGUUGGUACCUCAGCUCAAUCUAUUUCUGCUUGUGUUUGUUGGCCUGGUCAAACUCCCUGGAUGUUUACUGCAGUGUAUGCUCAUCCUUGUAUUGCUAAGCGACAGAAAUUAUGGGAUUAUCUUUCCUUUGUUGGAGCUAAUCAUAAUAUGCCUUGGUUAAUUGCUGGAGACUUUAAUGAGAUGUUGAGGUUUUUUGCUGAUGCAACUGUGAGACAUCUCCCGAGGACCAAAUCAGAUCAUAGUCCCAUCAAAAUCUGCUUGGCUUCUUGUUUUAUUUCUUCUCCCCUUUCCAGACCUUUCAGGUUUCAAGCUAUGUGGCUUCAACAUGAGAAUUUUCAGGAUGUUUUUUUAUGCUUCUUAGGGUUAGUUAAGGAGUUUAAUGAUGUUCUUGAACAAGAAGCUGUUUUUUGGAGGCAAAAAUCCAGGGUUAAUUGGUUGCAGAAGGGUGAUAGAAAUACAAAGUUUUUCCAUCUUACAACUAUUAUUAGAAGGAGGAGAAAUAAGAUUGAAAGACUUAAGAAUAUUACUGGUGAUUGGGUUGAGGAGGCAGUGGGAAUUAAAGCUUUAGCUUUGACUUAUUUUUCUGACCUGUUUUCUAAUGAUCAUGUGGUGGACUCUGAGAUUGGUUUUCCUAAUUUGUUUCCUGGCAUAGAUGUGGCUGAUUUGAGGCUUUUAAAUAGACCAGUUGCUUUGGAGGAAGUUAAAGCUAGUCUGUUUAAUAUUGGAGGGCUAAAAGCCCUCGGGAUAGAUGGUUUUCCUGCUUGUUUUUAUCAGAGCCAGUGGAAUCAUUAUGGUGAAGAUAUCUGUCAGAUGGUUUUUAAGGCUUUUCAUGAGUGUACAAUUCCUAAGAAGCUUAAUAUGACUCUUAUUACUCUAGUGCCUAAGGCUCAGAACUAUCUUGCCCAAUCUCAUAACCCUAAUCAGGGUAAAAAAGGUUUCAUGGCUUGGAAAAUUGAUCUUUCUAAGGCUUAUGACCGCCUAAAUUGGAAUUUUAUUGAGCAUGUGCUUGUGGAGUUGGGUCUGCCUCUCAAUCUAAUUAAGUUGAUCAUGAGUUGUGUUUCUACUGUGAAGUAUCAAAUAUGUAUCAAUGGAGAGCUCACUGAGUCUUUCCAGCCUAAGAGUGGUAUUAGACAAGGGGACCCUUUGUCUCCAUACUUGUUUGUGUUGUGUAUUGAAAAGUUGUCCCAUAUUAUUUUUGAGGAUGUUCGAAUGGGUAAAUGGAGACCUGUUAAGUCCUCCCAAGCUGGCCCUGCUGUCUCUCACCUUUUUUUUGCUGAUGACCUAGUUUUGUUUGCUGAAGCUACCUCUAAUCAAGCUAGAGUUUUGAAGAAUUGCUUGGAGGUUUUUUGUCAAGCCUCUGGUCAAACAGUAAAUUUUGAUAAAUCUGCUAUAUUUUGUUCUCCUAACACCUGUAAGGAAAUAGCUAAAGAAAUCAGUUGUAUUUGUGGCUCUCCUCUAACUGAAGAUCUUGGAAGGUACCUGGCUGGUAGAGCUACCCUUAUUCAAUCUGUUACUUCGGCUGUGCCUGUUUAUGCAAUGCAAACUGCUAAACUGCCUACUAGCCUAAGAGUAAAGGGGGGUUUGGGUUUUAAAAAAACUGGUGCUAUGAAUCAAGCUUUGUUAGCCAAGAUUGGUUGGAGGUUGCAUAUUAAGGAUGAAGGCUUGUGGGCAAAGAUUUAUAAGGCUAAAUACCUUAAAGGCCAUUCUAUUCUUGAUGAUUCUGUGAUUUUUAGGCAGGAUUGUUCUUCUACAUGGAGAGGUGUGCUUCAUGGUGUUGCUCUUUUAAGGAAGGGUAUGUUAUGGAGAAUUGGGGAUGGUGGUACUGUUAAGUUUUGGAAGGAUAAUUGGGUUUUUGAUGCUCCUUUAAACCAAAAUGAUAGUGGUGUGCAUAUUUGUGACCCAUAUUCUGUUAUUUCCAGUUUUUACAGAGAUGGUUGGUGGGAUAUGGAGAAACUAAGGGCUGCUUUACCUGAAGAGCUGGUCCAAAGAGUUAUUAGUUGUCUUGUGGGGUUUAAUAAUGGGAUACAGGAUGCUCAAAUUUGGAAGUUUUCCUCCAAUGGGAUUUUCUCUGUAAAAUCUGCUUAUAAUAUGGUUUUUGAGGGCUCUACUUGCUCUGAUGUUGCUUGGACGUUUUUGUGGAAGCUGAGGAUUCCUCCCAAGUUGCAUAUUUUCUUUUGGCUUGUUUUUCAAGGAAAAAUUCUUUCUAAUGAGCAAAGAGUUAAAAGACAGCUAUCUUUGGAUGCUUCUUGUGGAUCGUGUCAUUGGCCUAUGGAGUCUAUACUCCAUAUUCUUCGUGAUUGUGUUAAGGCUAAGAAGGUGUGGAAUGCUCUUCUCAAUUCUAGUUAA